CUCGUUUCCAAUCCAAAUCUCAAAGCGGAGGAACCGGAGCAUCAGAGAGAGAGAGAGAGAGUGCCAUGGCCGCUUCGUCCUCUGUAAACGCCGCCCGCGCUCUCGCCGGAUUCGCCGUCUCCAGCCACGGCCUCCCCUCCGGCGCGGCCCAUGCCGACCGCCUCGCCCUCCCCGCCGGAGGCUUCGCCCUCAGCUCCCUCUCCAGCCGCUCCUUUUCUUCCUCCCAUCGAUUUCUCCGCCAGGCGUAUCCCGCAUCUCGCCGAGCGGCGGCAUCGGCGCCGAUCAGGGCCGCCGCGGUCGAGACACUCGAGGCGACGGUCACCGAGGCUUUCGUCGAGAAGUCAAUCAACACCAUACGGUUCCUCUCCAUCGACGCCGUCGAGAAGGCGAACUCCGGGCACCCUGGCCUCCCCAUGGGGUGCGCGCCCAUGGGUCAUAUCUUAUACGACGAGGUCAUGAGGUACAACCCCAAGAAUCCCUACUGGUUCAACCGUGAUCGCUUUGUGCUCUCCGCCGGCCAUGGAUGCAUGCUCCAAUACUCCUUGCUCCACCUCGCUGGCUACGACAGUGUCCAGACCGAAGAUCUCAAACAAUUCCGGCAAUGGGGAAGCAGAACUCCUGGCCAUCCUGAGAAUUUUGAAACAACCGGCAUUGAAGUCACUACUGGGCCACUAGGUCAGGGUAUUGCGAAUGCCGUUGGCUUGGCACUUGCUGAGAGACAUCUAGCUGCCCGUUUUAACAAGCCUGACAAUGAGAUCGUUGAUCAUUACACAUAUGUUAUACUCGGAGAUGGUUGUCAGAUGGAGGGCAUUUCAAAUGAAGCAUGCUCACUUGCUGGCCAUUUGGGUUUAGGAAAACUCAUUGCAUUCUACGACGAUAAUCACAUUUCCAUUGAUGGGGACACAGAGAUUGCCUUUACGGAAGAUGUUAGUGCUCGUUUUGAGGCUCUUGGAUGGCAUACCAUCUGGGUGAAGAAUGGUAACACUGGCUAUGAUGAGAUUCGUGCUGCCAUUAAGGAAGCAAAGGCAGUUACAGACAAGCCCACACUCAUCAAGGUCACCACUACCAUCGGAUAUGGAUCACCAAACAAGGCUAACACAUACAGCGUGCAUGGAAGUGCAUUAGGCCCGAAAGAAGUCGACGCAACUAGACAGAAUCUUGGAUGGCCAUAUGAACCUUUCCAUGUACCUGAAGAUGUCAAGAAGCAUUGGAGCCGCCAUGUCCCUGAAGGUGCCGCUCUUGAAGCUGAGUGGAAUACAAAGUUUGUAGAGUAUGAGAAGAAGUACCAAGACGAUGCGGCGGAGCUUAAAUCUAUUAUAUCAGGAGAACUACCUGCCGGUUGGGAGAAAGCUCUUCCGACAUAUACCACUGAAAGUCCAGCAGAUGCCACCAGAAACUUAUCUCAACAGAACUUAAAUGCACUAGCAAAAGUGCUACCUGGUCUUCUUGGCGGUAGUGCUGAUCUUGCAUCUUCGAACAUGACAUUGCUUAAGAUGUUUGGUGACUUCCAAAAGGGAACACCAGAGGAGCGCAAUGUUCGGUUUGGUGUUAGGGAACAUGGGAUGGGGGCUAUCAGCAAUGGUAUUGCCUUGCACAGCCCUGGCCUUCUUCCAUAUUGUGCCACCUUUUUCGUUUUCACCGACUACAUGAGAGCUGCCAUCAGGAUCUCAGCUUUGUGCGAGGCAGGAGUCAUCUAUGUGAUGACACAUGAUUCCAUUGGUCUCGGUGAGGAUGGUCCAACCCAUCAGCCAAUUGAGCAUCUGAUAAGCUUCCGAGCAAUGCCCAACAUUCUCAUGCUCAGACCUGCUGAUGGAAAUGAAACUGCUGGGGCCUAUAAGGUUGCGGUGCUCAACCGAAAAAGGCCAUCAAUACUUGCUCUCUCGCGACAGAAGCUUUCUCAAUUGGCAGGGACAUCAAUUGAAGGGGUCGAGAAGGGUGGAUAUAUCAUUUCAGAUAAUUCCUCUGGUGAUAAACCAGAUCUGAUUUUGAUUGGCACUGGUUCUGAACUGGAAAUUGCAGCAAAGGCUGCCGAGGAACUGCGAAAGGAGGGCAAAACAGUGCGUGUGGUGUCUCUUGUUUCCUGGGAGCUGUUCGAAGAGCAGACAGAUGAAUACAAGGAAAGUGUUUUCCCUGCUGCCGUCACCUCCAGGGUUAGCAUUGAAGCAGGCGCAACGCUUGGAUGGCAGAAGUAUGUUGGGAGCAAAGGCAAGGCAAUUGGGAUCGACCGGUUCGGGGCAAGCGCUCCCGCUGGGAAAAUUUACAAGGAGUUUGGCCUCACAGCAGAGAAUGUCAUUGCUGCAGCCAAAUCUCUAUAAAGCUGAACUUGUACAAUGUUUCUCUCCCUCUGGUUCACUGGGAGGAAUUAGGUUUAUCCCUGCUAGUUUGAGGAUAACUUGAGGUACUACGAUCUGGUCAAUAUAUAUAAUUGAUCUCUGCCUUUUGCCCCCCUAAUAAGAUUGUCAAAUGUUGUUCAGCAUUUCAUUCUCAUAUUUGAAGAAAUGAAUUUUCUUUGUUUAUGCUA